AGGCCCAAGAGUCUGUCAAUGCCCAGACUUGCUGGACGCGUGCCUAGCGCCCGAACUCGUCACCGCCAUGGCCAUGCGCACAGCCUCCAGUAUGCGAAGCGCGCUUCAUCCGCGGCAAAGCCGCGGCUAUGAGCCAUAUGUCACACGGUCAAGUACAGGUCCAAGGGCAGCAGAGGUGGCAGGUGCUGAUGCUGCAGCUACAAGCCUUUUUACUUGUGGCUCCUUGAAUGAUUGGCUGCGGCCAGAAGCAGCGCCCUUUCAAGGAUUGCAUCUGAAACGGUGCAUCACGUGGCCAAACUAUCAAGUGGAGAUUGACCGUUGCCAGAGGGAUUUCGGGGUCGAGGCUCAAAUCGAACGGACCGUUUUCUCCAAGCAGGUCGGCUGGACAGACAUUCCGCGAGCGGCGGAUGAGAUUUUGCGCGGCGUCACCUUGCCAGAGGACCUUUUGUCCACCAUAAGGGCCGAUAUGUGUGAGCUUGGCAUCACAGUGGCAUCGUUAUGCCCUUGGAGCAAGAGCAUCAUUGUGAGACUUGGCUAUGCGCCGUCCGGGGUGAAAAAGGGCACUUGAACCCAAGUCUUCCUUCAAAAAUGUGAAAAUCGGGCACUUUGGACAUUGGCUGGAAAAGACACAGUGAGAUAACUCAAUUCUGUUCCUGUUGGUCACACUUUGCAAGAUUUUCUGCUCGUUUUGCUUUCGUUUGGAUUUUCCAGCCACCUCAAUUAAUUCUCUCUCUCUCUAUAUAUAUAUAUUACAAAAGAGAACAUGUGGUGCUGAAGUGCAGAUAUGUUAGCUUGUAUGUGCUGAAGAAAAGCACACACAGUGGCACGGUUGGGACACCAAGCGCGCACAGCUGGCUUUGGGUGGCCGUCGAAGCUUGAAGGAAAUUGGAACUCAUGGGGGAACACUCGUGCCCUCGCUGGCAUCGAGAUAACUACUGUGGCAGGGGCAUUGUGACCUACAAUUUGGCUGGCACUGAAUAUGCAACUGAUGACAUUGUGGACUUUUGGGAAUUGGAGAAUUGCGGCAACAACGACCACAUCAUUCGGGACGUGUCCAAAGUUCGACAGGUCAAUGUCGGCGACAUGCUCUUCAUUAAGGGCAAUCAGUUUCCCGGUGGCUCCGGGGGGGCUGGUUCACAAGUCACCCCCAGUUCAAUACUCUGAUAUUGGCGUGGUGCUGAAUCGCUUGGUGCUCAAGAUCGAUGUGCCGUGAAUGCCGAUUUUAACAUUCGCCUGGGAGUCAAAGACUAUAAUAAGAAUGGUCUUUAGGGGAACUGAUUUCGGGAACUUCCUUUACUUCAGCCGGUCAAAAUAUAGUCUUUGGACUUCUAGGGAUUCUUUUUUUUCCAGCCUCAAAUCUGGAGAAUUGGUACAGGACAGCAGUCGAAAGGUCGACUGUGAGCGAACUGCUAGCUAGCUGCUACGGCGACUGCCCGACACUUGCAGCUUCCCCGUAGUGCCGCCAAGUCCUGGGCCCGACACUUGCAGCUUUCCUUCUGACUUGUUUU